CAAGGUCGCAGAAUCCAGGAGUACGUGAUUUUUACAAAGCAAUUUUUUAAACAUUAGUUAUCUGCAUUAACGACGUCAGCUGUUUCGUUGAAAAUAAGAUGCCGCAUUUUCGUUUGGAAACCAACGUCCCUCAAAGUGACAUUCCGGCCGAUUUACCCGCCAAAAUAUGCCAAGUUUUGAGUAAAUCACUGGGAAAACCAAUUAGCUACUGCGUUGCCACGGUGGUUGGCGGCGUUGCCAUGUCGUGGGGCGGCUCGAACGCCAAAUGCGCCCAGGCCACCUUGAUGAGCAUCGGCGCCCUGGGGCAAGAGCAAAACAAAAAACAUUCCAAAGCGAUCUUCGAUCUGAUCACCAAAGAACUCGGUAUAGCCGAUGACAAGAUGUAUAUUUCUUUCACGGACAAUCCGUCGAUGAACGUUGGUUAUCAAAGUACCACUUUCCAUGACAUACUGGGAUAAUUUUUUUUAAAUGAAUAAAUAUUUUUUUAACUUUUAUUUU